ACGGCUCCUGCUCACAAACGUGUUAUUUAUCGCUAGAACAUGGCAUUCCAAUUUGUCCAGAUGGAAAAAAUGCAGCCCAACCGGAUAAAAAUCACAGAUCUGAAUCCCCACCUCACAUGCCCACUGUGCGCUGGUUACUUAAUUGAUGCCACAACCAUCGUAGAGUGCCUGCACUCUUUUUGUAAAACAUGCAUCGUUGCCUUUCUGGAGACGAAUAAGUUCUGCCCUCGAUGUGAUGUCCAGUAACCUAACACUUUAUUUUUUUCUAGAGCGGACAAAACUCUACAAGAUAUUGUUUAUAAGCUUGUUCCAGGGUUGUUCAAAGAUGAGAUGAAACGGAGGCGGGACUUCUACGCAGAGAAUCGUGUGCUGGAACCAGGGGAAGUGGUCGAGACGUUUAACAUAGCAGAGGAUGAAAUCAUCAGUCUGUCGAUACAGUUCUAUGAGAGGAACAAAAACAGUGAGCGGCACCGUGCAGAGAUGGAAGGAGACAAGUCCAAUGGUAAACGCUUCCUGCAGUGCCCAGCAGCCAUGUCCGUCAUGCACUUAGCAAAGUUCCUCCGAAGCAAGAUGGAUAUUCCCAAUAACUACCGGGUGGAGGUGUUGUACGGCGAUGAGCCCUUGAAGGAUUACUACACACUAAUGGAUAUUGCCUACUUCUACGAGUGGAGACGAACUGGACCCAUCCCCCUGCAGUAUCUUGUCAAACCAACCCGGAAGCGAAGGAGGCCGUCCCAGUCCGCCGCCCAGGGCCACUCUGAUGGCGUCAACACCAGCCCAACAUCAGAGAGCGACUCUCAUAGCGACAAAGUCCACAGUCCUGCUGCAGCCCAGCUGCCCCGAGCCUCUUCACAGUCCAGCCCUUCGUCCCACAACAUCUCUCCCGCCAUCCAAAGCUCCAACGGUACCACUGUGCCCAACAACACUCAGCGACACACGCUCGCCUCCAAACAGGGCGCCAACCCUCGCAAGAUGACUGUCAAUGGCACAAGCUCUGGGACCAGUAAAGAGGAGGCGAGGGGAGGUGACAAAAGUGGUUUGCCUCCGACAACCUAACGUGUGUAGAGGGCAGCAGGGAGGACAGUGUUUGAACUGCUCUCUUCUUUCUUUCUACUGAGCAGAAAGAAGAGCUUGAGCCCUCUUCCCUCUGGACAAACGGGAGGCAGAUUACUGUUAUCAUCUUUC